CUUCUCUCUCCUCUUCUUCGAUAUCUCGGCAUCGAUACUCACUGAACGAUGAAUAGACGGCGGCGGGUAUCGACGCCCCCUCACGAUAUACUCCAGCAAGCGUGAAUGAAAGUAUCGGCACUUUCGUAUCAAAACGAACGAUGCGAGCGGAAGACUUUUUCACUGACGGGAAACUGACUUGAAAGCUGCGAGUGAGGAAAUAAGAGGCAGCGGGUCGCGCGAUAAUGCGUUAAAAGCAAUUCGCGGUCUACGGUUGAUAGUGACCGAUAUGGAUAUCGAUAGGGGGAGUGUAAAAUAAUAGCCGUCACAGUACACGCUUUUAUCUCAUCCGUCCAUCGGGCAAUGUUUACACGAGAGGGUGACGAGUGCGGGAUAUUUUAAGAAUCGUCGGUAUUUUCAGUUAUCUCUCGCGGUUGCUAAGAUGCCAUUCAAGUUCCACUUGAAGAAGAGCAGGCAGUACAAUGUCGUGUCCAAGAAUCAGUACGUGAUCUGCGUUGAGCUGUUGGAUGCCACUUCCAUAGAAUGUACGCUCAGCAUCGACAGCGUGGGUCAGGAAUGCCUGAACAAUGUAACACAACGUCUGGGCCUGGGGCAACCAGAGUUCUUUGGCCUGCGCUACGUCUGUUGCCACGGCACGCCGUCCCUACGGUGGAUAGACAUGGACAGGCCUUUGAAGAGACAGCUUGAGAAGGAUGCUAAAAAUUUUACCCUUUAUUUAAGAAUCAUGUACUAUAUAACAGAUGUUCAGUACAUUCAAGACGAGAUGACGAGAUAUCAUUACUACCUUCAACUAAAGAGUGACAUAUUGGAAGACAGAAUACACUGCAAUUCUAGACAGGCCUGUCUGUUGGCAAGCUACUCUAUGCAAGCCGAGUUUGGAAAUUACUGUCCAGAGAGGCAUACGAUUGAAUGUUUGCAGCAGUGUACCUUCUUCUCAAACGAUGUGAUCAAAACGGACCCGGGCGGGCAGGAUUCUCUCCUGCAUACCGCGAUAUGUCAGUAUAAGAGUCUUACCAAUGUUACACAGGCUACUGCAGAGGAGCUGUAUAUCUCAAUUGUCAUGCAGCUGGAAGGAUAUGGCAAUGAAACGUUUACCGCCAAGGAUAACAGUAGCAAUAAAGUCAUUCUUGGAGUCUCGGUCAAUGGAAUUAUGGUGGCUUAUCCCAGUACGCAAGCAACGCAAUUUUACAGAUGGAGGGACAUCAAUAACGUCAUAAAUCACAAGAAAACGUUUAGGAUAGAGUGUCAGUCGUGUCAGGGCGAGGAAGCGAAGCAGUUCUCGUUCACGGAAUCGCGGGACGCGAAGUACAUAUGGCGAUUAUGCAUCGCCCAGCACACGUUUUACAUGCAGUAUCAGGAACGCCGUCCACUAGAACGAUCCAAUGGCUACUUCGAUAACGACACGAACGAUUCCGGCGAGCAAGCGGUGUCGGUGAACUUGGAGAAUCGAACGAUCACGGACAAUCACACGCGGUGGACCAGCUAUAACGAUCUCUCGACGUCACCGUAUCCAGUCGUGUCCGUUUCAUCAACGGACAUAAACAAUUUGCGAGCGCUCUUACCGUCGUACAGACCGGCGCCCGAUUACGAAACGGCGGUGCAAAUGAAAUACAAUAACGAGGGAAAUGCUCCUCAGCCUUACUACGCGAAUCAGUCGGCGAUCGUUGGCUCCGAUAUCUCGUGCCUUCUCGGCAACGUCGUGAAUCGUAAUAGAUAUUGAGAUUCUAUGAAACGAGAUUGUCUCGUGAGCGAUAUCAAAAGUUAUUGCUCGUAUUUAUUAAGUAUGAAUCUAGAUGUCGGAGAGUUUAGCGAUACGUACAGAAGAGACUUUAUAAAAAGUCUUUAUAAAACCUUGUAUAAAGAUUAUUAACAAUAACACAAGUGUGCAAGUGUACAUAUCAAUUUGC